GUACUGAAUGCCAGCCGCAUAUAAGACCCACGAAGGGGACGCUGUCUCGUGCACACAACAAUCUACCGGAUUAUGUAUUUUGCAAACCGUUUUUAAUCUCCGACUGCGUUAACCGGGUGUAAUAGCUGCAUCUACCAAAUGGACACCCGGUCUGUUCCGAGUUAAGACUCUGGAACCUGAAAGCGAGUAUCUGCGUGAAUGCGAAUAUUGUAAACAAUGAACGUUUUCAUCCGGAUCACCAUUAGAUGAUUUGGGAUUCACCGAGACCGCAUAUUUCAUGGGAAUAUCGUUAGGUUUAAGUCCAUAAAGAUGUCCAAAAUUGAACGUCUUAAUGCCCGAGUGGAAAAGCUGCUGUGUAAAGUUGUGCAAGAGGUUCUGGAGGUGGUGAAAGAGACAGUGUCAGAGUACCAGGAGAAAACAGCCAGAACACAGAGAGAGAACCAGAGUCUGAAGAGGAGGCUGCAGGAGCUCCAGGAUAAGAUAAACUUGCAGCACUUUGGAACUGUGCCACAAAUUUCCACUUCAACCCAGCAGGCCAAGGAGGAACAGAGAGAGACAGAAGAGCUGGAAGAGGACAUUGAACUCUUCCCUACUGAUGACAUUGCAGAUUCAUUUGAAGACCCUGACUGUGAAUCAGCCAUCGCAUCUUUAGCCACCCCCUGUCUCUCCCCUAAAACUACGAUAGGUCCACAUGUUGGUGGAGAGACCUUGAGCAAUCCAAGAACUCUUAAAACUGAGACUGGCAAUGGGCUUUCAAUACCAAUUAUAAAACACGUAGACCCUGUUGUUACUAUUGAUAUCAGUGAAGAUGAUUCUGAUUUACACUUUACAUCAAAUAAAAUGAAAGUAGAGCCCACAUCAGAUGAAGACACCACGCAUAAACACACAAAUUAUUUUUAUGAAGAUGCUGCAACAAGCUCUACAUCCUUAAACAGACUAACCCUAGAACCUCAUCAGGCCAAUUCAGGACUCUACAAUGCCACAGGGGUCAUCUUCAGUCUGGGCCAGAAUAGCAUUGAAGAGCCACUAUCUCAAAGAUACACAACUACAAACCGUGUUGGUGCAGAAAAACAACAGACAAACACUAAAGCAGGCGGUUCAGACUCAGCAGCUUUCCAGAGAAACAUGAGAAAACACUACUGCUGCUCGCUGUGUGGUCGCACCUUCAGGCACGCAGGCGAUUACAAGAAACACAACAGGGUGCACACAGGGGAGAAGCCGUACUGCUGCUCGGUGUGCGGGAAGCGCUUCAGUCAGUCGGGCUACCUGACGGUGCACCUGCGCUACCACACGGGAGAAAAGCCUUUUGGCUGCAGCCACUGUGGCAAAAGUUUCAGUCACUCCAGUAACAUGAAGAAACACCUGCAAACGCAUCUGUGAAGCCGCUGUACCGCAUCGUUCCGCUGUUACAUCCAGACAUUUUCUUUAUGUAUCACGUUUGUGAUAUUUAAGGAUGGGCACGGAAAAGGCUGCCUGUUUUUAAGCCGACAUAGAAGGAUUAUUAAAGGAGGAAAGCACUGGCUUCUCUGUGAGCUUCUUUUUGAAGGGCAGCCAAGCAAAUUGCAACCCUGUUUAAAAAAUGAUGUAACUUCAUGGAAAAGUUAUUUAUUUCAUGAUUAAAUGUGCCUUCUUCUAUCAAAAUAGAAAGCCUAUUGUAGAGUGCAUGUCCGAUUCAGAUGUGGAAGCACAAUCUAACAAUUCCUACUAUUUCUGCCUUACUGUUGUUUGUUUACUGUGUUAUUUACUGUACACUGGAGCUUCUUAUGUGAACCUCCAUAUUCAUUUUCAAAUCAAAUAAAAGUAUUUGGGACUUC